AUGGAUAAGGCCAGUUGGGUUCGACUUUGGGAGGCGAAUAUUCCGCCAAAGCUCAAAGUAUUUGUUUGGCAGUUAUUUCAUCGGAUCCUGCCCACUACGGAGGCCUUGCGGGAGAAGGAGGUUCCGGUGCUCCCUCGAUGCCCGGUCUGCUGGGCGGAAUCAGAAACAAUGGAGCAUUUGUUUUUGGACUGCCCGGUGGCGCGAACUUUGUGGGAGUAUUCGGGUUUGGAUUUCCUGGGAGAAGGGUUGCCGCGCCAUACUUUCCCGCUGUUUCUCAAAAAAUUACUCUCGCGGGUGAGUGACCCUUCUAUGCUCAUGGCGGUGGUAGCUAUCCUCUGGAGGAUUUGGCGUUCCAGAAAUUGGGUUGUUUUCGAAGGAAAGCAGUUUGGGAUCCCAGUCCUCCUCCGUCAAUUCCAGCAACAAUAUGAGGAGUGGAUCCACCUGCCUGUUGAGCCAAAUCCCCGGACUUCGCUUUCUGGUCCCCGGGCUCCGAGGUCUGUUCUGGCUGGCUUGGUUGUGUGUUUGUGGGAUGGGGCUACUAGUCGAGGGUCGCAUUCGGCUGGUGGGUUUGUAAUCUUGGAUUCGGCUAGGGGGGUUCUCUUUGUACAAGGAACCCGAUUCCCGGGUGUGGAUGACCCUGCCGUGGUGGAGUUACUGACUCCCAGGGAGGCUUUGUUGGGAUGUAUAGGCCACGGGUUUGCGGAGGUGAGGUUUGAAGGCGACGCUAAGAUUGUCAUUGACAAAAUCAAUCAGAAGGAUUCCAGGGAUAAUCGAAUGGGCGCUGUUCUUGAAGAAGUUAUUCAUUAUUUUGCUGCUCAUCCUGGGUUUUCGGUUAGAUUUGUAGGUCGGAGUAAUAAUAGGGUAGCCCAUAUGGUGGCUCGAAAAGCCCUCGCUUUGUAUCCGACUACGAGUCGUUUCUUUGAUUUUCAGGCCUGGCUAAAUUUCAGGAUGUAA